AUGCCAGUUAAAAGAGCAAAUCACGGUAAAAAUAGAAAUAAUAGAGGAAAUGUUUCAAAUGUAUCUUGUAUUAAAUGUGGUGCACAAGUACCUAAAGAUAAAGCAGUAUCUAAGUCAUCUAACAACGCAAUAAUAGAAUUUGCAGCACAUGCUGAUCUUGAUGCAGCUUCUAUUUAUCAAAAAACAGAUGUCCCAGUAAACUUUAUCAUGGAUUAUUACUGUAUAAGUUGUGCAGUCCAUACAGGAAUAGUUAAAGUAAGAAGAAAUGAGGUUAGAUGCAUUAGGCGUAAACCUAAAAUGACCAGAGAAAUUGAAUUACAUUAA